GUGUCUCCGGAGACAGAUCUGUAUUCUGCCACUGCAAACAGAGGCUCGUGGUGCCUCCAGCGCUUCAGGCGAGUCCUUACAACACACUCACACUCUGCUGUCAGGACUCUUACACCUGCUCAGCUGCUCAGCUGAGACGAGACUCCAAGCCAGAAGACGCUCCACGCUGCGAGGUUACUGAGGGGGAGAAGACUAUCCUUCUGUUUGGGGAAAAAUGAAACUUGAAGUUUUCUCUGCGCACCACUUCGUGCAGAAGCCACAGGAGUUGUGCAUGGACGCUGACGGGGGAGUGUCUUCUCCACUAUCCGGAGACGAGCUGGGUUCGGACGGGGACUGCGUGGCCAACAGCCCGGCACCUGUCACCCAGAGCGGCGAAGCCAGCAAAGGGAAGCCUUACACCCGCAGACCCAAGCCCCCUUACUCCUACAUCGCCCUCAUCGCCAUGGCCAUCCGGGAGUCCAGCAGCGGCCGGCUCACUCUGGCAGAGAUCAACGACUACCUGAUGAAGAAGUUCCCGUUUUUCCGCGGCAGCUACACCGGCUGGAGGAACUCGGUGCGCCACAACCUGUCACUCAAUGACUGUUUCCUGAAAGUGCUGCGGGACCCGUCGCGGCCCUGGGGCAAGGACAACUACUGGAUGCUCAACCCGCACAGCGAGUACACCUUCGCCGAUGGGGUGUUCCGCCGCAGGAGGAAGCGCAUCGCCAAGAGGGCCCCCAAGGAAACGGAAAGCCCAGACAUCCUCAGCGAGGACACCCGCCUCCCCGCGCCGGAGGAGAGGGUGGGGACCAAGUUCUCCAGCUCCUUCGCCAUCGACAGCAUCCUCAGCACACCGUUCAAGCGCAGGGAGGACAGCCACGCUGAGGCGGAGCACCCCGGAGCCCGGCUGUAUUGGCCCCCAAGGGCCCACAUACUGCCUUACAGUCUGAACUAUCCGGCGCAGCACGCUUACCUGUCAGAGGCGGUGUACAGCAGCUCGGAGCCCAGCAGGGAUGCCCCCACAUUCCUCCAGCACACGGCGGCUGGCAUGGGCGCACCUGAGGCCCCUCUGAAGAUGUCCAGCAAAGCGCGGGGCUUUCACAUAGACUCUCUGCUGUCAUGAGACCCCCGGAGUGCUGCUCCGUGAUGUGCAAUUCUGUGUGGGACUCUGCGCGUCUCAUCCUGUCUGCUCCAAGUCAUUCUGCAGUGAGAAAACAAACGAUUUUAGAUCCAACUGCGCGGUGACAAAUUAUUAGAGUCACCGCAGGACAUUCCACUGUGUGCGCGUGUGUCAGUGCGUGUGUAUGUGUGUGUGUGUCAUGUUUAGAGAGUGUGUGUGUGUGUAUUCAUGUAGGUUCAUUGGUCAUUUCUACUGUAUGACGUUUAAGCAUUAAACUAUCAGUCUAUUUAUAUUUUCUUGUUUUGUAUGACCUGCUGUAUUAAUAUUGUUGUAUAUAUAUUAAAAAAAAAAAUAUUGACUGAGCUGCGUCAAGAGUCACGUGGCUGCACUUGAAACGAAGAGGGAAAAUAAAAAUGUGCAGUUUUCCAAGAGAUUGAUUGAUGCAUGUCUGAUAUUUUUAUGAAUAAAAGAACGUGAAACAAUGGGAA